UGAAGCGUUAGUAGAUAGAUACUACUCCUAUUGUACCCGCACGCGUUUUUUCUUUGGAAGUAAAGCGGUUGUGUAUGAGCGGAAGCAAAUAAUAUUCCAAAAUUUAGGCUCCCGAGGCAACAAUUAUUCAAAUCGCAAAAAAGCCAGCGAAAUUGACAGUGAGAAUUGGGGUCUGGCUUCUUGAUCAUUCGUCGGUGGUGGUAAUAAUCAUUGCGACCUGUUCCUUGAUUUGAAAUUGAACCAAUUCCAGCCCAGAGGGACAAACAGCCUCAACUGUUUAGAUAGAGAGAGAGAGAGAGAGAGAGAGAGAGAGAUAGGGGUUUAGGGUUUCUACUUUCUUGGAUCGGUCUCUGAGAGAGAGAGAGAGAGAAGAGGGGGAGAGAGAAGUAGGAUAGAGAGCGUUAGGGUUUGUGAAGAUGACGGAGGUACGCCUCCACAUAUACGACGUGACGAACAGCGAUUCAGACAAGACCAACAACACCAUUGUUCAGAUCAACAAGAUCUUUAAAGACGGUAUCGGCCUCGGUGGCAUCUUCCACAGCGCCGUUCAGGUUUAUGGGGAUGAGGAAUGGUCAUUUGGGUACUGUGAACAGGGUACUGGAGUUUUUAGUUGCCCGCCUUCAAAGAAUCCAAUGUAUACAUAUCGAGAAUGCAUUGUUCUUGGGACAACAGACUUUUCAAUAUACAAGGUCAAUCAGAUCCUGAGGGAACUAAGUAGGGAGUGGCCUGGAUGCUCAUAUGACUUGUUAUCGAAAAACUGCAAUCACUUCUGUGAUGAAUUCUGUGAAAAGCUUGGUGUGUCUAAACUUCCUGGUUGGGUUAACCGGUUUGCCAAUGCGGGAGAUACUGCAGCGGAAAUAGUAGGAAACACAGCAUUUCGGCUGAGACAAGCUAAAACAGAGAUAGUAUCAGCCGGCAAAGUGGCUUACCGGUUCCUUGCCGGUGUUGCUUCCAACUCACCUGAGUCCCCAGGCAAUACCAACAGAGGUGCUCCUAGAUUCCAAGGUACUUGGUUUAAAAACCUUAUCUCUAAUGGUGCCAAACCGUCUAGUAGUUCAGAACUGGAAAACGAGGAGGCGUCCGUUAAUCGAUCGCAAAAGCGGCAAGAUGCAGAAAUCCCAUUGCGACAUAACUCCAGGGAUGAUAUUUGAGGAGGUAUAUCCCUGGAGAAUCUUUGUCAUUGUACUAGCUGCACAUUGAUCGUUGUGAAUUGUGUAAAAUGUCAAGUUCUUUCAGAUGUGAUACUCUUGUUUCUGUCCAAAAAUCUUAUUGCAUUGAAGAGAUAGCCUGUGUAUCUUCAGUUCUCGUUCUUCUGGAUGUAUUUCUUGUAAAAUUUAAGCAGUUUUCGAUUGC